AUGCAACAGGCCUCAACAUUAAUUCUUACAGAUAUAAAGAAAGAAUCUUUAAAAGAGAAAUUUUUUCGAUUUAUUGCUAUAUUGUUGAUAAUUAUUUUCCCUGUUAUGCUGGUGCUGUGCUUUCGAGUUGUGAAGCAAUACAAAAGAGCAGUUGUUUUAAGAUUUGGAAGAGUGAGAGCUGAUUCUCCAGCUGGACCUGGUAUCAUUUGGGUUAUACCAUGCACUGAUACUGUAAUACUGAUAGAUCUCAGAACACAAUCUUUCAGUUUACCACCACAAGAGGUCCUUACAAAAGACUCCGUAACAGUUUCAGUCGAUGCAGUUGUUUAUUUCCAUAUUGUAAAGCCUCUUAAUUGUUUUCUAAAUGUUCAGUCACAUGGACGUGCCACGGAAUUAAUAGCUGUUGCUAUACUGAGAAACAUAUUAGGUCAAUAUACACUGUCUGACUUGUUAACAAACAGGGGAGCUAUUAGUUGCACAGCUAAGAAAGAAAUAGAAAAAGUGACUAUUGAAUGGGGCAUUGAAAUAGAAAGAGUUGAAAUAAAAAAUAUUCUACUACCAUACGAAUUGCAAAAAGCGAUGGCAUCAGAAGCUGAAGGCACGCGAUUAGCAAAAGCAAAAAUUAUUGAAGCUGAAGGGGAAAUAAAAACAGCAGAAAACCUUAGAGAGGCGUCAAGAAUAAUGAUGGAAAAUCCUCAAACUAUACUGGUUAUAAUUUAG